AUGGGGAACAGCGGAGAAGUAGUUGGCAAAGAAGAGGUCAUUGCAAAACUGAAGGACGAUGGCGACUUUGACAGGCUCCGUUUGAAGAUCGUUCGCAAGCUCAAGGAUAACGAAGAGUUACGACAGCAUAUCGCCUCAAUUGUGAAGCAGUCAGUAGCACUCAAUCGUGCUGGAGCAGAAAAUAUGAAACCUAGACAACUUUCUGAUGCCAUAUAUGAAGAAGUUGGUGAUAAAGUAAUGGGUGAGAUAUCUGAGAGUUUAUGGCAAAUAAUUCGAUCGGGUGACGGCAUGAAAAGUGAAAUCAUGGAGACAGUGCAAUGUGUCUAUGAUAAAAUGGCAAACCCAAAAAGGAAAGAUGAGGUUUUGUUGUCCACAUCUGAUGUGAUGCCAAUUCAGAGACAAGGGGAAACAGCUUCAGCCGCUGAGUUUAAUGAUACAUUACAUGAAAAUGAACCCGAUGAGCCGCCAGGUUUCACUCUUGUGCAUAAUAAUCUGAAUAGUAACAAUCAAGAUGACCAUGAUAAAGGGAAGGUGCAUGUUCAGACGCAAGGAUUAACUACAGAGUGGAAGGAAGAUUCCCAUCCAUCACAGGAUACACUUGGUGAAGAUGAUGUUCAUACCAAUGCGCCCCCUGGAUUUUCAAUGGACGUGGAGCAGAAACCACCUUCUGGAUCCAGUGAUGAAGACCCUGAUGUACCUCCUGGUUUUGGUUGA